AGAGAGAGAGAAAGAGAGAGAGAGAGAGAGAGAGAGAGAGAGAGAGAGAGAGAGAGAGAGAGAGAGAGAGAGAGAGAGAGAGACUUGACUUAGCUUCAGAGAGAGACCUUCAAACCAAGUCAACGCUCUCAAAUCAAUUUACUCUCAUGAGCAACAUUUACAGGAUUAUUUUUUAUUAUUUUAUUUUUUUAAAUUGGAAAUAUAAAGCAUUACCUUACAUCUAAAAAUUGAUGUUCUGGCUAAAGUGUGAUUUUUUAAAAAAUUUUUAUUUAUAAUUAUUGAAGUCUUGGUCGAUAUGGUAAAGAAUAUGAUUCAUUGUACAAUUUUGAUUAAUCUCUGUUUGCUGGUCACCAAAGGUGUGUUUGGUGUUGAUACAGAUGAAGUGAAGUCAGUGUCAGUGAUGGAGGGAGAUUCGGUCACUUUAUACACUGAUCUUACUGAAAUAAAGAGAGAUGAUCACAUACUGUGGAGGUUUGGAUCUGAGAAUCCAAAUAAUGUUAUAGCUGAGAUAAUAAAAAGGGCAGAUUUGAUCCGUACAUACGACUAUGAUGGAAGAUUCAAAGACAGUUUACAGCUGAACAAUCAGACUGGAUCUCUCACCAUCAGGAACAUCAGAAUCACACACUCAGGACUUUAUAAACUAGCUGUCAACAAUGGACGAGUAUUUUACAAAAGCUUCAGAAUCAUCUGUGCCCCGUCCACUUUGCCCGUUCCAGUCAUCAUCAGAGACUCUUCUCAAUGUUCUUCAUCAUCUGAAAGUUCAUCUAAAUGUGUGUUGGUGUGUUCAGUGGUGAAUGUGACACAGGUGACUCUCUCCUGGUACAAAGGAAACAGUUUAUUCUCCUCCAUCAGUGUGUCUGAUCUCAACAGCAGUCUCUCUCUACCUCUGGAGGUGGAAUAUCAGGAGAACAACAUCUACAGCUGUGUGGUGUCCAAUCCAAUCAGAAACCAGACUAAACACCUUGACAUCACUCAAUUCUGUCAGCCGUGUUCAGAAAGCUGAAAGAGCAGAUCCCACAGUGUACACAAGUGUCUUGACAAGCUGAUUAUCCAAAA